AUGUCGAAAACACCAAUUAAAUCGGACUCCAAUUGCAACUUCAUAUCUAGAGAGAUUACAACCCCUAAUAAAGAUCACCAGGGGAUGUCCAAGACAGUACAUUCUCACGUCUCUAAACUGCAUGGAUUAUUAAAUGACUGGAUUAAAAUACGGGAUAAAGGAGUGAGGUUAUGUAGAGCAAUUUCUGCGUUGAAGUUGCACGAGUGCGAUGAUGAUUAUUAUCCGAGCCAACUUAAACAGUUGAUGGAAGGUCUUCUAGACGCCUUGGACGGUUUGAAGAAUGUUGUUGAUGGUGUCAAAAUUCUGAAUAAUCAACUACAAGCUUUAGCAAAGCUGCAACCAAGUGAUGAGCCAGUCAUCAAUAGUUGGCCAGUCACCAAAAUAUCGCAAUCGGUUAUGAAAAUUUUCGAAUCCCUUGAAAAAGAGUACAGGCUGAAGCAGAUUGUUACAGAAAACGUGGCACACAGUCGUGAUGAGAAAUUGAUAGAGGUGUACGUCAGUGCGUGGGAAUUCGAAGCCUACUUCAGCCUUGAGUCCUUUGCCUACCUUUUUGCUGAAGUCGGUCUAGCCGGCGUCACGUAA